AUGGCGACCGCAGGGUCCGCCGAACGACCUGGCAGAGCGGCCAGCGCCGCCGGCAGCCCGGCGGCAGCGGCGGCGGCAGCGAGCAGCCCGCCCUGCGGACACCCGGCCUGUCCGCUCCGCCGAGCCCACAGACUCUCCGGCAGCGAGGAGCGGCUCCGCAGGAGGAGUGAUCCCGAGAGGAGCAGCAGCAGGGCGGGCAGGAGGGACUGCGACAGCCGGAGAGAGUUCUUCGUCUCUCCGGCUCUCCUCCCAAAAUGUUCAGACGUUUCAUCAGCGACUAGCGGGAAACACAAGCUGCUGUUGUGUGAGGACAGAGAGGACCUGAAGAGGAGAAACACUCUGAUCUGCAAAGACGAAUCAGUCCGACACGACGGGGAGCCUGGAGUUCUGUCGGACUCUGAGAACGAGGAGCCAAUCAGCCGGAGGAUCAGAAACAUCUCAGCCUUCAUCAGGAAAACCAAAAACUGUGCCGCCUUCACCGGUGGUUCUCAGAGGAGUCAGAGCUGCACUGACCCGGUGGAGGACCGAGGAGGGAAGCUGAAGGUCGCCCAGCCGGCCCUGAUGGACCGAGUUGGGAUCAGUCACAGCUACACAGCAGGAAUCCUCCUCUCCUCUGAGAACAGUCGCUCGGUCUCAGCUCCCAUCACCGCUCCUGACCGGAGGCUCACCUGGCGAGCCGUCGUCUCUUUGUCGUCGUCGACUCCUUUGGGCCUCCCUCCACCUCGCCCAGAGCGCUCCAUCAGCCCCGAGAGCAACGACAGCAUCUCUGAAGAGCUCAACCACUUCAAACCGAUCGUCUGUUCGCCGUGCACGCCGCCCAAACGCCUGCCUGAUGGACGUCUCAUGGAGCCCACCAUCGUGAAGUCCACGCCCAGGAAUCUGACCCGCGGCCUGCAGAAGGCCACCAGCUAUGAGGCCAGUCCGGCCGUUCUGCAGAAGUGGAGGCAGAUCGAACUGGACCGCCAGAGCCUCAAGGUGAACUCCAAGGCAACACUGACGAGCCCCGUAAACGAGCUCCACAACAAGACUGCCGGGGGCGAGGACGGUGCAAAGACUCAUCAGUCACCGGCGGGACGGGACGGAGAGGGAGUGCCGGCCAUCAACAAGAGGAGGCUGCUGUUUGACCCCCCAACCGCAGACUCAGACACCUUGUCUGUGAAAAUCCGGGUCCCUGCAAUUCGCUACAACAGUGAGGCGACUUUCAGAGGAAGUUCGGAGUUUGACCCGGCGGUUGGCGCUCCAGAAUCAUGCAGCGGGGGAGCGUUCUUUAGCCGGAAACAGUCGUUCUCACCGUACACCAAGAACUCUGGUUUCCAGUCCUGUAAGUUAGUGCCAAAGGACUCUCAAAGUCCAAGGAAGGAGUCCGACAGUAGCCUCCACAACCAGUCUACCUCAAGGAGGGGCAAGAAGAGGGAACAGAAGACCAAACACUUGGACUCGGACCGGGACUCGGACCUAAAGAGGAGCCGAUUAGCCAGCCAGGAGGCCUUCGACGAGCGGUACAUCCGUCAGAUCCAGCAGGAGCGUCAGGACCGGGCGCUCGCCCUGAAGCUGCAGAGACAGUUUGACCUGGAGAACCAGACCGUCAACCGCCAGAGGAGCCCUGACACGUACUUCCUGCGGUCCUGGAUGUCCAAUCAGAACCGCAGGAGGCGUGGCCUGAGAAGGUCCCGACGAAUCAACAAGAAGCACUAGAGAGGAGUCACCGGUGACUCAGCACAAAGACAGACAGGACCUGGUUCAUAUAUGCAAAGAGACGACUGGUGGAGGUCUGAAUGUUUCAGCUGCACACUAAACUUGCUGCUGAGGUCACAUCUUGAACAUUUCUUCCAAACAUUUUCACAACUUUUCACCAGCAAAUCACCAAAACUGUCCAAAGUCCACCAAGACUGGACCCAAUAAACCCGUCACAUCUCUGGUGGACGAUCAAAGGUUGAUAUGUGACUUUAUUUUGGACUCGUGUUAGAUUAGGUGAUGAAUCGAUCAAUCAAAGAAAGCCAUAAAUGCUGUAUUAAUCAACAUUUGUCUGGAUGGUGGUUCAGUCCAUGUGGACCCAGAAACCAGGACUGACCCUGGACCAGGUUUUCUGUGUGUCGCUCAGACUGUUUUAAUUAUUGACUUAAACUAAAAGAAUGAAGCUCUUCAAACUGUCGAAUGUUUUUAAACCUGCAGGUCCUGAAUAAAUCUGUUACUUUGGACACGAUGAUGGAAGGCAAAGCUGCUGAGGACCUUGACACACAGGGAUCCUGGGGCUUCAGGGACUCCAGGGGCCUCUGGAGGGCUGGUGUUUCAGGGGCUACCAAAGGUCUGAGGUUUCAGGUGCCAUUAGAGGUCUGGAGCUUCUGGAUGUUUUGAGUUUCAAGAACCACUGGAGAUCUGGAACUUAAGAGGUUCCUGGAAGUCUGGAGUUUCAGAGGUUCCUGGAAGUCUGGAGUUUCAGCGGUUCCUGGAAGUCUGGAGUUUCAGCGGUUCCUGGAGCUCUGGUGUUUCAGGGGUUCCUGGAGCUCUGGGGCUUCAGGGACCUCUGAAGUUUUGGUGGUUUAUGUUUGCACAUCUUGGUGAAGAAGCAAAAUUCCUUCAACAUCUUGAAGUCAUCGAGUUUAUUGACAGAACUUGUCGGGGCCAAAAAUGAGUCCAGCUGACCUACAUGAGUUUGGACCGGCACGGGCAGACUGAUCUGGUUUUUAACAGAACCUCCAGUUCUCCUUUUCUUGUUUCUUCACCAGUAGUUUGGGUCGGCCUCCAGCAGAGGAACCGAUGAUGAUCUAUCUAUAAGAACUGCCGGACCUCAGCCUACUGUGAGGUUCUGGUCCGUCUACAGCCGACAGUCUUCCAGUCUGAACUUUGUCAGACCUUCACGUGUCCUGGAUGGACUCUUCUCCAUGACCGCUCAGGGUCACGAGUACUGUUGACUAUAGAGCCAUCCAAUAGGACCAGAACAGACCUGGAUCAGGAGGGACCUAUUCUUCUUGGUGUUUGUGUUCCAGACCAAGUCGAGCCUGGAAGAGAAGUCGUGUUCACAUUAUCUGAUCAGUUCCUCCAGGUUCUGGAUCAGUUCCUCCAGAAUCUGGAUCAGGACCUCCAGGUUCUGGGUCAGGACCUCCAGAAUCUGGUUCAGAACCUCCAGGUUCUGGGUCAGGACCUCCAGGUCCGGAAGAUUAAAACUGAACAAAACAAACGAGAUAAACAUGAAAUAUGUUUCUAUGAAGAUCUCGUCUGUGGUCGCAUCCAAAUUGAUAAUGUGUUUAUUUUGGAACGUUCUCUCAACGUUUCAGAAACACUCUGUAACUGUUCAGUAUGAUAAGGUUGUCUGAACGUUGUGUGAAUGUUAGUUAUUGGUCUGAUAAUGGUUGUGUAUUGAUUACUGACGGUGGCUGAUCAGGUUUAUUAUCAGCUGAUUGUGCUCAGUUUCUAACAGCAGGAUGCAGACAUGACCAACGUUGGUGUAACGUUGGUGUAACGUUAGAACGUCUGUUCUGUUAUUCUCUAUACCAGCGCUCAGAGCGACUCUCGUCCAAUCAGAUCAGUCGGUCUGAGCGACCUGCAGACGAGGUCUUCAUAGAAGUCCGUCUGUAAUCAGAGUGAAGUCCAGACACAGUGAUGAAGGUUAACGAGAGCGCCUCGUUAACCUUCAUCACUGUGUCUGUAGCUGCUGUGCGAUCGUUAACAGCUGAACUCUGAUUACAGUCAUUAAAGUCAGCUAUGAAGUGUCACAUGAUGGAGAUACUCGAGUACUUCAAACUACUCGAAUACUUCAAAUCAGUCCCAGAGUUUUUAAUGUGAAUGCGACUGUCGAUCAUCGUCUUUGAAUAUUUUCAUUUUUUCUGUCAAACUUAUUUAAUUAUCGAGACGGACAUCUUUGAUUUAAUUUGAUUUAUUUUUAUUUGAUUCAUUUUAUUUUGAUUUAUGUUUUUUUAUUGAAGGGCUUUUUUUACUCUCACACUGAUAUGCACAUUUUGUACUAAAGCUUUCAUCCUUCAGUUGAUGCAGUCUGACCGCAGAGGGUUCAGGUCUGAGGUCCUGAGGAGGUCCUGAGGAGGUCCUCCUCCUGAGGAGGUCCUGAGGAGGUCCUCCUCCUCCUGAGGAGGUCCAGGUGUUUUAAUGCUGAGUGCCAAAUGAACAGAUGUGGUCUGAUGUUGAUAGUUUAUAUUUUGUUGGUUUUUGUAUGAAGAGAAGAAAGAGCUGAGACGACA